CACAUGACCGUAAAAUCAUGUGGGUGAUACAGUUCACGUUACAUGUGAUGAAAACAUGGCAUAGAUGACAGCAGCGAAAUGGCAGACGACGCAUUAGACUGGCUUCGCGACCAUAUAUAUGUGCCCAUCAUUGUCGGUCUCUUUGUGGUGGUGCUCCUGAUCGUACUGGUCUGGUACCUGUGUAAGAGAUGUGGGUCGAGAUAUGACUACAGUGUAUUGCGCAGUGAUAUGGAACUGCCACAGAAAAUGGAUCUGGAACGACGAGAGCAGCAGAACAGUCUCCGAGAUGGAGCCUGGAUGAAUUGCAGUUUCUACAUGAGAUCACACCCCCAGUAUGACAAGAUUGUGCAGCAAGAGGAUAUGGUGUCUCCUUGGGGCUCACUCAAAGACUUUGUCUAUCAGUGUAGAUUCAAUGAGGAGUACUCUGUGAAGUACAAACUUCGGAGCCGAGGACUGAAAGAGAGUCAAGUGAAGCUGUACGGUCGCCAGGUUUUAGAGGCUCUGAUCAUGUUGGAGGACAAAGGAUUCCCUCCCCAUGGCCAUGUACAGUCUGGUAACAUACUGUACUCCAAGGACUGCUGCAGACUUGGAGGCUGUGAGAAUGUUUUCCUGGGAUUUAAAUCACGCCUUCAUCCACUCAUCAAGAAAAAAAUGAAAGAAGACAAAGAUAUAGAUGUAAUUAGUUUUGGCCAUUUACUGUUUGAGAUGUGUACUGGUGCCGAGUUACCCACGGCCCACCCCAAACCCAACGAUCUGGACAGAUGUACAAAUGAACAGGUGGAGAUGCUGAACUACAUAUUUAGUAACGAUUCUGGAAAGUAUCCAAGUUUACAAGAUAUAUGUCAUCAGCCAUUUUUCCAGGUACACCUCCCAGAGCUGGAUUUGUAUAACCCUGCCCCUAUAAGUUUAUCAUCCCAGAUGAAGUCUUUAUUGAAGUCUGUGCGUAAAGGAAAGCCUCCUCCGAAGAAAUUAAAAAGAAAACCAUCUGUGUCAACAGGGCAGCGAACUCCCACCCCACCUACCCACAACAGGGCUUCCUCCUCAACAGGACCCCCUGGUGGCCCNACCCCCUCCUCCUGGAGGCCCACCAGUCCCUGGGCCACCACCUCCCCCACCAAGUUCAUCAGCCCCGGCCCCACCAUCCUCUGUAAGGACAGCACUGCUUGGCUCUAUCAGACAAGGUACCAGACUAAAGAAAACAGUGACUGUGGACAAAAGUGGCCCCAGGAUAUGAUCUCAACUUUGACCUCUGACCCAUCGAUCCUGAGUCACUAUAAUGAAUGCUGGGUCACUCUACCUGUAGAGACAUGUUUCUGUAGAACUGAUCCUUCGAGACAGGUGAUACAAUAUCUGUUUUAUUUGAAACAACCAGACAGCUGGUGGUGCUACAGUCUUACAAUGUUUAUGUGACUGUUGUUAUGUUAAAAUACAUGUUGUGAAUGUGUUAUAACAGUUGUGCCUAAGAACGGCUGUGAUACCUACAGGGAGGAUUAUAUAUAUAGUAGUUGUGUAAUAUCGGGCUUGACCUUGACAAGGGUCCUUGUCUGGUGUUACAUCAUAACAUGUGGAUUAUAAAGUUCUUGGCCAGCUCCACGGUUUUUGUCUGUAGUGUUAAAUGUGAAGUCUUUGUUGAUGUUUGGAUUAUGUAGUUAAUCAAUUUAUAUUUAGUUUGUUAUUGUUUCAUUUUAUUCUAUUCAGGGUAAAUUGGAAACGCGGAUUGUUUGAGACAGUGAAUGGUUUUAUUGUUAUAACUAUUUAAAAUGACUUGGCUAUUUUACCAACCUUGAGUGAUCAUAAGUGUAACAAAUCCACAAAUCAAACAGUGUGCUGUAGUUAAAAUCUGUAUUACUACAACUCAACCGUCUACUGAACGAGGUGCUUGGUAGUGACGUGGAUAAUAAUAAUAAUAAUAAUAAUAUGCAACAUUUACAUAGCACCCUAUGUAAUUUGUAAAGUUACUCUAAAGCACUUUAUAACAAACGGAUAGAGGUAUUAGUUAUGAUUGAUAAACAAAAGAAGGCCUACAAAUCAGCAUUAUACAAUCAUUAUCUCACUAUGCAUGAGGUGGGUCUUUAUAGAUCCUUGUUGAAUGUGGCCGGUGGAUGUAAACCCACUCACACAAUCAUCAACCAGUCAUCCAUCAGUCCAACAUUGUUCCCAUAGAAGACACGUUGUUGAUAAGAUCCCAACAUACAUACAAUAAAGCUAUCCAGACACCCACCAUUUACAACAAAAAUGAUUUUAAUUAGCCAUCCAUGGGUUAAUUAUAUUUCUGUGACCGGUAUCAUCACUGAGUGCUGACUCUUUUUGCUGGAAAUCCUUCAUAUGACAUCCUUUUGUUAACAUUUAUUUAUGGUGUUGGUUGUAUUCUUUGCUUUAAUUUGUUUUAUUAUGCAACCUGUACAUAAUAAAAUGAUGAUAACCGGCAAGAUUUGGUUUGCCAUAUAUAGUAGACAAUGCAUGGCACACCAAAUCCUUCUGGUUAUUAUUUGAGUAAUUUAAGGCCUGUCAGUUUUAUUCAGCAAUCAGCUCAUGUGGUUUAUGUAAGUAUCUGUGCAUGUCAGAUGUUUUUAUAAUGUGUGUAAUUUUCAGUAAAUAGAAAUGUGUAUGUUUAUUAAGAUUGGUUGUUACAAGCGCUUACAUAAUGUAGAGUUGUGACUAUGUUUUUUCUAUGGUAGAUUAUAUUAAAGUAUAUGAUUCUGCAUCAUUAUUCCUAAUACAUAUAUAGGGUACCCCCCGGUUGUGUUAACACAAUUUUGUCCAUGGUUCAUUUUACUCAAGUAUUCUGCAUCUCAUCGCUAUAUUCACAGAAUUUAUGAAAUGUGCCUAAAUAGGGAGUAUUAACCAUGUGCCAAAUUAAAGAUCACUGACUUGUAAUUUAUACAUGUUUGCCAAAAUGUUUAACCAAAUUAUUGACCUUUGAAAUCAGCAGUUUUCCAAAAUGUUGUACUUGGCUCAGAUUUUUAGAUUUAUUUGUAAGACAGCAUAAACUAGCAUCAUUUCACACUAUUAUUUGGUCAAAUACUCCCCAUUAAAAAUCUAAAUGUUGGCAGGUAUGUACAUAAUGCAUAUGAUAUAUGAGUCUGUGAUAUAUUCUUUUAUGAAUUACCGGUUUGCUUGACAAUUUUAUAAUUUAUUACGAUUUAUUUAAACAUAAAGUUACAUCAUGUAUAUGCACGUAUGUUUAUUUAUAA